AUGUCGACAAGCGAGGAAUGGCCUCGUGCCCGAGCUCGUACUUUCGGUGUCGAGUUGGAGUUUAUAGUUGUAUGGAUAUGGGAUGAUGAGCUGGACCCUCAUCCAGAUUUAGCAAGCGAUUUACCCCCUAUUCUUAAGCUCCCAAGUCAUCUUCGUGAGUCUGGCGUUUCUAAAAUAUCAAUAGAUAACGCGGUUUAUGAUCGGAUUUACGAUGUUCUAGCUGACCAUGGCCUACCGACUCAUCGAUCAGCAGCCCACCGUGCUGAAGACGAAUUUCGUGUCUGGAGGCUUAAGCUGGAUACUAGUAUUAAUCUCGAGGGGGAUGUUAAAUGGACUGGUAUCGAAAUGACAUCUCCCGCAGAGAGCGCUUUGCCUGUGGCAUUCAGCGCAAUCCGUUAUGCCGUGGAUCUAAUUAGGUCCACGUACCGAACGGCUGUUAAUGGUAGCUGCGGGUUUCACGUUCACGUCGGUGACGGGAGAGAACAAAUGCCAUUGGAGCAUGUAAAGCGAGUUGCUUCGCUGUUCUGGGCUGUUGACCCCGUUGUUGCUCUGCUGCACCCACCGCAAAGGAGGAUAAGCUUUUAUUCACAAAGCAUUCGCGAUCGAAGUCCUCUUGCUCGAGGAAAUAAGAUAGCCGAUGUACUGACCGACGCCGUCCAUCAGGAAGAGCAUAAUUGUGAACUAUAUAUCGGACGCGGGAUGAGACACGGGGAGCACCCUAUAUCCUGGAGGAUAAAAUAUCAGCGUGACGAACAUGUAGAGGCCUUUGAAGAAACUCGGAAGCCGGAUUGCUUCCAGCCAUUUUUCUGCAAGGAUACCAGGGGUCUCCCGGUAGGUAUAUUAACAUCUAUCGAGACAGAGCCGGCUCCAAAGCUUCACAAAUCAGAAACCGAGACUCGCAUUAAGAAGGUAAUAAAAACAACCAAUGAUUCCAAAGCUAACCCCUUCAUCAAGCCGUAUUCGCCAAUACAUAAGCGUUUUACUCCACGAUUUGUAAGCGGCGAACCCCUACCCGAUGUUAGAUACAAGAACAUAGACCUCGACGAGAAGGCUAAAACUGAUAUUGGCGUCUUCGCCGGCGUCAAUGAAAUAUUUGCCUGUCACAGCUCGUGCGUAAUACUGUUCCUACUGGAAACUGAGGAAAGAUCCAACUAUAAUCUUUUUAGGUAUAAGUGUUACAACCUCAUAGAUCCUGGGAAUGUCGCGCCAACGAUCGAGUUUCGAGAAGCUACGGGUACGUUGUCUGGUGAAUGGGUAGAAAUAUGGGCUAGAAUCUGCGUAGGUCUCACGAAUUUUGCUAUCCACGCACCGGUGGAAAAUUACCUUUCCGUGCUCAAUAACCUAGAACUCGCUGCGUCUGGUGAAGCUCCGUACGACGUGGUCGACCUAUUGGACGAAAUUGGGCUAUUUGCAGAAGCCGCAUUUGCGGAGAAGAGGUUAAUGAAGUAUAAGGAUGAAUGGGAUUUGCACUACGCCCCUGAGGGAGAAAAUAAACCACUAUAA